UCUAGAUCUAGAUCUAAUUCCCGUAUUAUCUCGAACAAGCUGAGAUUAUCAUUGUUGUUUUCAAAAUGGCGACGGUUUAUAUGAUUGCGUUGGCACUUGCACUGACAUUAGCUUUUGCAAAUGCAACUACUUAUAAAGAAGGAGAAAAGGUUCUUGUAUAUGUAAAUAAAGUUGGUCCAUAUUUCAACCCACAUGAAACCUACCACUACUAUCAGCUGCCGGUCUGUAGGCCAGACAAGAUAGAACAUAAAAGCUUAACUUUAGGAGAGGUGCUUGAUGGUGAUAGAAUGGCUCUGUCUCUUUAUGAUAUACAAUAUCGAAUGGAUAUCCCGACAAAAACUGAACUGUGUAAAGUAAAAUACAGUGAGAAUGAUCUGGAACUCUUGCGGAGUGCUAUAGAAGAUCUCUACUAUUUUGAGUUUGUGUUAGAUGACAUUCCUAUCAGAGGUUUUAUUGGCCAUCUUGAAGAAGGUGGAUUCCUGCCUCACACACAUAAGAUUUACUUGUGGGUACACCUGCACUUUAACAUAGAAUACAAUCAGGAUCAUAUCAUCUACGCCAAUGUUACCACCAAAGAACAGCUUCCUAUAUCACUGGAUGGUGCAAGCACUCCAUUAGAAGUGGCAUUCACAUACACAGUCAAAUGGGUUCAGACAGACUUAACCUAUGAUCAGAGAGGAACACGCCUUAGAGAUAACUCAUUUUUCCCCAAAAAUCUGGAGAUCCACUGGCUGUCCAUCAUCAACUCUUUAGUUUUGGUGUUCCUUCUCAUCGGGUUUGUGGUCAUCAUUAUGACUCGCGUCCUGAAGAGUGACUUUGCACGUUACAACAUUGAGGAUGAGGAGGACACAGAUGAUUUAGACUCAGAUGACAAUGGCUGGAAGAUCAUUAGAACAGAUGUUUUUAGGUUUCCACCUAAUAAAAACCUUUUCUGUGCUAUUUUAGGUGUUGGAAGUCAGUUUUUGGCUUUAGCAACUGGCAUACUAUUGAUGGCUCUAGCUGGAAUGUUCAAUGUUCAUCGUCAUGGAGCCAUCAACGCUGCUGCUGUAGUUCUGUAUGCUUUUACAUCAAGCAUCAGUGGUUUUGUAGCAGCCAACAUGUUUAAAAAGAUGGGAGGAGAAAACUGGGUGUGGAACAUUAACCUUACUUCAGCUUUGUUUGCUGUUCCAUUUUUCUUUGUCUGGGCUGUGAUCAACUCAGUAGCUUGGGCUUAUGGUACAACUAGGGCACUGCCAGCCACAACUGUCAUCUUACUUAUGGCUCUUUGGGUCUUUAUUGGCUACCCACUCACAGUUUUAGGUGGGAUAUUUGGCAAGAACUAUGCUGGAACUUUUGAUGCCCCCUGCAGGACAAAAAACAUUGCGAGAGAGAUCCCUAGCGUUCCAUGGUACAGGUCUGCCCUCGCCCACUGUGCAAUAGGAGGCUUCCUGCCGUUUAGUGCUAUCUCCGUAGAGUUGUACUACAUCUUUGCCACCCUUUGGGGACGAGAGCAAUACACAUUGUUUGGGAUCCUCUUCAUUGUCUACGGCAUUCUGCUCAGUGUGACUGCCUGCAUCUCUAUAGCUCUGACCUACUUUCAGCUUUCAGCAGAAGAUUAUCGCUGGUGGUGGCGGUCCAUCUUCAGCGCAGGAUCCACUGGUCUGUUUGUGUUCCUGUACGCUCUAUUCUACUACUACAAGCGUUCCAACAUGUCUGGCCUCCUGCAGACACUAGAGUUCCUUGGCUACACCGCACUUACAUGUUACGUGUUUUUCCUCAUGCUGGCCACUGUGUCUUUCUUUGCCUCGCUCAAGUUUGUACGCUACAUCUAUGUCAACAUUAAGAUGGACUAGCUGGUUGGUUGAAAGGUUAUCUGUGGGGAACCUAAUGGCUGCUUUAUAUUUGUCUAUGACCGGACCAUUAUUUUCUUUUUCAACCAAUGUGGCUGUUGUCAAAUCUCUGUGAAAUCUUGUAGACCAUAAUCAUGUAUUUAUUUAUAUGGCAUGCAAGAUAAAUAUUAGUAUGGUCUGCCUUUGACUGCACAUUAAUUGUUUUAAAUAUACAAAUGUACGAACUUUAAGGAUUUGGUUUGUUUGGGGUUUGUUUUUUACAGUCCUGGUUUGUUUUUACAUGAAUUUUUUAAAACACAAGAGAUAAAUUGUAGAGGGAAAAACUUGAAUUUUGUGCAUCCAUUCUUCAGUCACUUGAAAAUGUAAAUGUUUUAUGCUUGAAUUAGUUUGUGAAUCAUGUGAAACCUGUUUUGCAUUCACUGUGUCACAUAGUACUUUCACACAAACCUAGAUGUGCGUGAGAGAUUUUUGGGAGGGGGGGGGGUAGGCUCACAUUUCCCUGGAUGUUUCAGUAUACAAAGGAUUUCUUACUUUACUCAUGCCAUUUAGUGACUGCUGGGUGUGCCAUUAGGUAUCAAGACCUUUUUGUUCAUGUCUGUAGUUGUCAGACUUUUUUUUUACUGUCUAGUACAAUCUAUGUCCUCUGCUUUUCACUUAAAAAAGGCUGGUCCAUUCCUUGAUUCUCCCAUCUGUCUGUCACUAGUAUGGUUUGGUGCCUUGUAGUUUAGUUUUGACUGUCUUAAAAUUCAAACCAUCUAAAAAAAAAACUUUUUUUUUUCCGUGAGAAUGCGAAAAGAUUAAAUAAAUGAGCCUAUUAAAAGUUUUGUCCUCUUAUCACUUGAUUAACAAGAUUAUAAUUACUUGAUAAAGUAAGAUCUGAUGAGAUGCAAUAGCCAUUGUCAUGCUCUAAAUUCUUCUUUCGUUUUUUUUUACAACUUUGGAUAAGCCAUGCUUUAAAUUUUUAUUCAAAUCCUUAUUUAACCAAUUUGUAUGAAUCACACCUCAAGUUUAGUAAAACCUUUCACAAAUAGUUUUAAGGUCUUGAUUAUUUGAAUAGAUGCAAGUUUCCCCACUUUUAUUGGACUAAUGGACUUAUUAGAAACUAGUCCUUAACUACAGUUAACACUAUUAUGACUAAGUGCUGUGUAAUCUACUUUGAUUUUACCAGAUUUGAAAGUAUAUUUCCUUUAGUCUCUCACUCCCAAGCUAAUGCAAUAAAGUCUAUGAUAUACAUGAAUGAAUGAAUGAAUUACUUUUUUGUAGGGCCUAAUCUUUUUGUGGGAUCAGAUAAUUAUUUUGGUUUCUCUCUGCGCACAGGUUUCUCUUCUGCAUGACAGCAGAAGAUACAUUGGAUAUAAUUGUGUUUGAAUUUACUUUAUUUUUAAUAUAAUCUCCAAUGAGUCUUCAUUUCUUACAUUUCAGUACAAUCAUUUGACUGUCAUAUUAACUGCUUCAUUACUAUAAUCAAUUAUAUAUGAAUGUUUGAUAUGUAUCUAUAUAUAUUUAUAUAUAUAUAUAUAUAUUUGAUUGAUUACAUAUAAUUUUGUGUAUUGAAUUGUCUAAAUGUUUGCAGAGUGGCAAUAAUGGUCAAUGGGUUUAAACAGAAGUGUUGAUCAACUUGUUGAGUACAUUUGAUAUUGUUCUGUAAGCUAAGUGUUGGUCAACUUGUUAAAUACAUGUUGUAUAAGCUAAUGACUUAUAGUGUUUGUGUGUGUGUGUCAGCAUGUCAUGUCUCCACUUGUACCAUUGUUAUAUUUAUGUGAGAACAAUUUUAUUUCACUUCAGCAUUUGGAAGGACAAAUAGAAUUUAAAUUUAGCAAUUUCUCAUUAUUGACAUUUUUUUUAUUUUUUAACUUGUAUACGCCAUAUAACAUUUCAAUCCUGCCCUAGCACAAACUGUAUGAGUUCCUGUUAAACUUAGUCCCAUGGAAACUAGUUUAUUGUUGAGCUACAUCCUAGCUGUCAGUUGUGUUGAUCUGCAUGCUAAAAGGCGGACUAAGUUUUCAUUUCUAAAAUGUAGGAUCUUACUGAUAUUGUAUCUUUAAAAGGAUGGAUCUUUGCUUUGAGGUUCAAUAUGAUUUUUUCUUUUUCUGGUCAAUCACUUUUAGAAAAAAAAAGUUUUCCGCUGAGCUUACUACGGUAUCAGCAAUUUAAGACUGAUAUUUAGUUGAUGAUGUAGACAAAAAUAUUUCAUCAUUUUAAAUAGAAUGUGACAUGAAAUUGAGAACUAUGCCAAUGGCAGCAACUAAAAGACAGAAGCUUUGAUGAAGGAUGAUGAUGAAAUGAAGUUGUAAUUAUUUAUUAGACUUUCAGCUAUGUAUCACAUUGCCAGACAUUUAUAUUUAUUCUCUUUAUUAGAUCUUCAUUUCAUGGAUUACUUUUCAUACAAUUAGCUUUAAAGCACUACUAAUUCUUCAAAGUUAAAAUUAUUUAGAAAUUGUGUCUAUUAUUUUUUAGAGUUAGUUUUGUCUUUAAAAAAAAUAAAAUCUUUUCUUGUCUAGUAUAAAAGAUAGAGUAAAAAGUAAAGUUCCCUUUUCAGACCUUGUGGUCUAUAGGGCAGAUGAUGUAAAGGUCAUCUGGUUCUGUGGCCUACGGUUAAUGAGGAUGUCAUGUGGCUAGCACAACGACUAACCACCUUUACUUUUCCCAACUAAUGUCAGGUACCCAUUAGAGCUGGACUCAGAGGCGCCAGAAGAUACCUAAAUUAAAAAUCUCAGGAUAUCGGACCCCUGUUCGGAAGCCAAGCGCUUUACCACUUAGCCACCGCACCUCCUUGUAUACUAGUAUAAAAGAUAAUGUUGUAAAAAAAAAUUUUUAAGAAAUUAAACAGUACUAAUUAUUUUUUUCAUAUUGACUGAUAACAUACACUGAAAUGUUUAGCUAGUAGCUGUUCAGUUUGUUUAAAACAUGUCUGAUAUUAGCUUUCACAUUUGACCCCCAUGUUAUAGCAUCAUUUGUUUAUUCCAGCAAUUUCUAUUCUCUUGUUUCUUUCUCACAUCUCACAGAGUUACCAUUUCAGGGGUUCUGGUUCUUUGCAUGUCCACAAUCCUUUUUUUUUUUUUUUUUCAAUGAUAGUCAUGGGUCCUUUUGUACAUCUCUAAAUAAUAAUGUAGUGGGUCAGUGUUUUCUUUAUUAAUAGCGCAAGCGUACAUCUGAACAAUGAUCAUCUUUUUUAAGGUCUUUCAAGAAAAGUUAACAUUAAUUUUAUGGUCUGUUGCAUAUUUUUUUCAAGUAUGCAAGUCAUCUUUUGUAAAUAAAAUGUCUUUUGCAGUUUAUUUGAUUUAUGUUAAUACAAAACAAAAUGAUUUAGAUAAAUACCUUAAUUUAUAUUUCCAACUUCCCUUUAGUUAAAUCAUUGAAAGUGCCAAUUUGUUUUUUAACUAUUCCAGUCAAUGUAGAUCAAGAAGAUUUUGAAUAUCUACCAUCUUUAGAAAGUUGGAGAGUUUGUUUGUUGUUUUUUUGGUUGUUUGUUGUUUUUUUGGGAAAAGGGGGGGGUCUAAAAUUUGCAUUCAUUAUAUAUAUAUAUAUAUAAAUUUAUACGCUUGAAGAGUGAUGAGAGAUAUGUGUUUGUAUAUGUAUAUAUGUGAUGCAUUAUAAAGAGUUGACAUUAAAACUGCUUAUUAUAACCUAUUCAACUUUUAUCUUGUUCAUUGCUCUAUUUAUGUUUAUUGUUCCAUUCAAUGCACAUUUAAAUAAUCCAUUGUUGUUUUUUAAGAAGAAAAUGUAUGUUUGUUUGUUUUUUUUCAUAAUUAUUUUUUAUAAGUUACAUAAGAUUUUACUGACUAUUGAUGGCAACCUACCGAUUUUUUUGGAUUGCUGAACACAGCUGGUCAUGGUUUUAUAUGGCUGCACACAGCUGGUCAUGGUUUUAGAUGGCUGCACACAGCUGGUCAUGGUUUUAGAUGGCUGCACACAGCUGGUCAUGGUUUUAGAUGGCCGAUUGUUGUGGUAGACCAGGCUACUUCUCAAUGAUGACAUGGCUGAUAUAUGUUAAAACAAAUGUUUUGGUGCUGGACUCAUCAUUGGCUAGUUGAAUAUGGCUCAUCACUUGUGAUAGCUGACACACAAUGUCAUUGGUUAGCUGUCCCUGGACACAAGGUUGGUUGCCAUCUUUGUUAGCUGGCUGUUGCUUUUGAUUUACAUGUGCAAAUUUAUUAUAGGAAAUUAUCUAUUGAACAUUUGAAAUGUGAUAUUUUUGUUGUUGAUUUACCUACAUAACCAAUCUGAACAUCACUACAAGAUGAACACCUCAGAGCAAGACAGUUUUAUUUCCCACUAAUGCCAGAUCUGACAUUUGUAUAAUUGUAAUUUGGAUCUUGAUGAUUCAGAUUUGAAUUAAGACCAUUUAGAAGCUUUCAGAACUAUUUUAUAGUUUCAUAUUGAAGACUAAUUCUAUUAUUCCAUGUUCAGCAUCUCUCUAGAAUACAUUAAAAUGAACUUGUAAUUUGUUAGACCCAGAAAGCACUAUUGCAAAAGAGAUUAUGAAUUUUAAAGAUUCUGCCUGUAAAUUGUUAUGCUAAGAAUAAGAAAUCUAUAUUUGUUUGCUUUACUUAGAGGGAUAGACUGCAAUACAAUUUACAUCAUUAUCAAGUAGUCCAUUCAGGAAAAUAACAUUGUCAUACAGAUUAAUGCAUUUUAUAAUUAAAACCUUUUUCUCUUUCUUCAGUUUAUUUUUUUGUUUAUUCCACUUAUGAUUAAUUGUCUUGCUCUGAUUAUGAUACACAUCUUACUAAGUGAUGAGUGCUUCUUGUUCUUAAUAAAGAUGCUACCAAAAAUUCAAUGAUGUUUAGUACUUUGAUGGCACUCUCCAAAUUUGUGGCAAAUGAAGUUUUGUUCUGACACCUGAUUUGUAUUAUAUUAAAUAACAUGGAGGGUACUGUGUGUUUUCAUUUAUUGUCAGUUCCUCUUGUGAUGUCUAUUUAUCACUACUUAUUGAUAAAUCAUGUUUUUCACCAUGUCCAUUUUAUUUUAUAGAAAUAUUUUUCAUGUAGAUUUUUUUUUUGGUUGGAAAUUAUGUUGUUGUUUUUUUCUUCAAAAUCUGGUCAUUUUCUGGUACUGACUGGUUUGCCAGAAGUGACUGUGCCUUACAAAUACAUCUACGCACUUGACACAAUUUGGGAAAUUUCAUUAACGGUUGUUUCAAUUUUUUAAUAGUAAAUGAUUGAAAUUGAACUUUUUUUUUUGGUGUUCUCCAUUUAUAGAGAAUAAAUGAUCAUAUCAAAGUG